GACCUCUGCCUCAUUUCCACCACAUUGCCCAAAUCCAUUCUCAACUCCAUCACCCUCAGCAAUGCCAUCUCUUUCUUGGGCUGUGUGUGUCAGCUCUUCUUGAUGGUCCUUUUGCUAACAUCAGAGGUGGGAACCCUCACCGCCAUGUCCUACGAUCGCUAUGUCGCCAUCUGUCACCCUCUGCACUAUGAGGGUGUCAUGAGCAAAGGGUUCUGUUUCCGGUUAAUGGCUGUGUCCUGGCUCAGUGGAGUGGUCUUUGGAAUCUUGUACUCAGCUGGGACGUUCUCCCUGGAGUUCUGUGGGUCCAACAGGUUUCACCAGUUUUUCUGUGAUGUCCCUGCCCUUCUUCAGCUCACUUGCUCUGAGCAGCAUGCUGCUGUCAGUGUCAGUGUGGGCUGCGGUGCCCUGUAUGGGUUUUCAUGUUUGGUUUGCAUCGUGAUCUCCUAUGUGUUUAUUUUCUCUACUGUGCUGAAGAUGCCAUCCAGGGAGAGCCGGUCCAAAUCCUUCUCCACCUGUGUGCCCCACCUGGUGGUUUUGGGCACCUUUCUCCUGAUAGGUACUGCUGCUUAUUUAAAGCCAACCUCCAAAGAAACUACUCUUCUAGACUUGGUGUGUUCUGUGUUCUAUUCUGUGACAUCCCCUGUCUUUAACCCCAUUAUCUACUCUCUGAGGAACAGGGACAUUCAAUCAGCUCUGAGUAGAGUUGUGAGUAAGGUGAGAAGGGGCCUCAUAAAGAGAUACUAA